AUGGCAUUCGAGCAGGAUCUGCAUGAGACAAUCAAGAAGCUCGAGGCACGUAUAGAAUACCUCGAACACUCCCUCGCCUCCAAAAUCAAGGAUCAAGUCUCCGAGGGCCUGAGGAUGCUCCUCAUUGGCCCUCCCGGCUCAGGCAAGGGCACGCAAGCUCCAAACCUUGUGAGUAAAUUUGGCGUGUGUCAUCUGGCAACGGGCGAUAUGCUGCGUUCUCAAGUCGCUCAAAAGACAAAGUUGGGAUUGGAGGCCAAGAAGAUCAUGGAACAAGGUGGUCUGGUCCAUGACGAGAUUGUUAUUGGUAUGAUUCGAUCAGAAAUCAGCAACAACCCUGAAUGUCAGCUGGGUUUCAUCCUGGAUGGCUUCCCACGAACCAUUCCCCAAGCAGAGAAGCUGGACUCCAUGUUGAACCAACGCCAGCAACAACUCAAUCAUGCCGUUGAGCUCAAGAUUGAUGACAACUUGCUCGUUUCCCGCAUCACUGGACGCUUGGUCCACCCGGCUUCUGGCCGCUCGUACCACAAGGAGUUCAGCCCUCCCAAGAAGCCCAUGACGGACGAUAUUACUGGCGAACCACUCAUCCAGCGGGCGGACGACAAUGCAGACACGCUCAAGAAGCGUCUAUCAACCUACCAUGAACAAACCAGUCCCAUUGUAGGCUACUACCAGAAGAAAGGUAUCUGGGCUGGCAUUGAUGCUGCACAAAACCCAAAGAGGGUCUGGUCGGACAUUUUGUCGGUUCUUGAACAAGGUGGCACAAAGCACGACACGGCCGGCAUCAUGACCAAAUUGGGCAUUAAGGCUCACAAGGGUGCUGAUGAAGCCAAGAGUGCAGUUGGACUCAAGUAG